ACUGAAUAGUACCGCUGUGUCAAAGUGAUUAUUGUCCGAUUCAGGAGAUCUCUCAGAGUGCCUCGUUUAGCAUUUUUCAUAACAAUACCUCAGUAUAGCAGAGUAUAAACUCAAUAUAUCCUAAUAGACAUCGAUGAAUCAAUAUAUCUUGACACUUUAAACAUUUUCAGUUGAAAAAAACUUUAGUGCGCUCCUUGUUGAAAAUCACUCAAAAUAUGUGAGACAAUUCGGAAUUAAAAACAUAUUAAUGUAUUGUGACAUUUUCUUAAAAAUAAUAUUGAAACUUCAAAUAUUUAAAAAUAGAUUAGAUUGUAUUUGUGCUAAAUAGACCGACUGUAAGUUUAAAAAUGGUUAAAAGGCCUCGUGACGACACUUCAACUUCGGCGCUACCAGCCACAACGACAUCAACAGCAACGCUUACGACAAAAGAUGAAGAUUCCACAACAAUGAAUUCAACACCCUCUACAAGAUCAACCAAAUCAACGAAAUCAACAAAACCAACACCACCCACAACUCCAAAGCUUGAGGACAAUAAAUAUGGCAAAUUUUUCAGCAAAACCGUCGUGACACUGGUCAUUUGUGGAUAUCUCACCGGUGUGGGCCUGGCUCUGGCAUGGCAAACAUACGAAACGGGUAGCUUUCAGCCGCCGACCGGCAAAUGGUUGAAGUGGAAUGUCGCCGUUUUGGUGUUUCUUUUACUCUGCUACAGUCGCAGUGUGCGUUGCACCAUCACUUUGUGCAUACCGAUUAUGUGCAGUUCGAAAGGACGUUCACUGCUGAUCGCUUUCGCCUUUGUGUUGGCCGCAACGGGGCCGACAAGGAACAUAUUGCGUAAUGUGGACGCGCUGACCACCAGCCUCUCGUGUGGCCAAAUACAAUUAAAGCAUGCGCUCGAGGAGAUGUUGGAGGUGAUGCGGCAACCAUUGGUCGCUAUUAAGAAGGCGGUCAAAACAGCGAUGGACAACGUCAAGAAGGUUAUGAAAAAGGUCGAAUUACUAUUGGUUCGUAUAAAAGAAUUGGUGUUGGUGGUCUUGAGUAGCAUUAAGCUGAUGUUUGAGUGGCUAAAUAGCAUUGUGAAAAUUUGCAACAAGGAGUUCGGUACACCCUUUGAUCGGUGCAUGAAAAUUGCGGAUGAUGCGAUGGCGGAUUGUCGAGAAAAACUGGGAUUGUUCCAGGGUCUUUGUCAUGCUACACACAUAUUCACCACGCUUUGUUACACCGUUAAAGUGGUCGAUGUGAUCUGUGUUAUGGUAGUCUUCUUUGACGAUACUGUGUUGGCCACCAUCAUGGAUAAGUUGCGCGAAUUCACCGAUGAGAUAAAAAACAUGUUUGAUGUAACUGUGACCUUUGAUCAUGACUUCAGCUUCACAACGGUGGCCUCGAGAAAUCUCAGUGAUGUCGGCAAAGAUAUAAUGGCAGAGAUACACUGGCGUAUGGCCAAUUUUUUUCUCAUUUUCGGUUUUCUGGAUAUAAUUGGCGGAAUCCUAUGCGUCAUGGUGAUAAUCAAAGCAUUGUACUUUAAAAUGAAAUAUCUGCACCAACCUGGCUAUGACAACCAUUAUUUGACCAAAGAUUUUAUAGAGAUCGACGAGCAGCGCAAGUUGACGGAGCAGGAACGCGUGUUGCCGCUGAAGAAAACCGAAAAACACAAAUAUAUUUGGAUUUCAAGUUGUCGUUUGACGCGUCGUGAGAUCUUUAGACUGCUGCGCUCCAUGUUAUUCCUAUUUAUAUCCACCAUACAAAUCUUCUGCAUAUGUUUUACUGAUUACUGUUUCUACUGGAUACUAGCGAUGAUUAGAUUUUAUGGCGGCAUGGAGCCAAAUGUGGAAAUUCCUCCGUAUAUUGUCGUCGACGUGAAAGGCGAAGACUUCGCGGCUCAAAUAUAUCGUGGCAUCGUCGAGGCUUUCGAACCAGUCAACCAGAAGUACAACAUCGAUACCACACCGUGUCUACCCAAACCAAGUGUUCCGAAUUUUAGACGCUAUUUCGACAUAGGUGGUAUUUGUUUACUAGCUUGGAUAUUCCUCUUUCUUGAACCUUACGGUCUGCGUUUGCGACACUUGGUUAUGCGUCUGUUUUAUCCGGUUGAGGCACGUCAACGCGCUGCUUGGCUUUACAAUCAGAUACUAAUGAAGCGCAUGACAUUUUUCAAACUGCUACGCCGUAAAGCACGUGCAAAGUUCAAAAAUGAGCCCAGAUCUGAUCCGUAUACGUUUCUAGAUUGGAUUAGAGCCAAGACGUCGGGUUACUUUAUUUUUCGUCUUAUAUUUGGCCAUCAGAAGAGCAAUACUUGCAUCCUGUGUGGAUUUCCUUUAAAAAAUGACAAAGUGGAAUGUUCAACACCCGGCUGUAAAGCAGUCUACUGCCAAAGCUGCUUUGAUGAGUCCAACAAAACCUGCUGCAUUUGUAAAAAUCCUGUAGAAUAUGGCGACGACAGUGACAUCUCGGAGGAGAUAGAUUCUUCUGAUGAUCCGAACGCUGUACGCGAACCACACGAAAGCGAUAAAUAUUGCAUUUGGAUACCUUAACACGAAUUCAGAGGGGAUCGAAGCGUCUAUUGCAUAUCAAGCCAUUUAAUUUUUCAAUAAAUUUUAUUUGCUUUUACUGAAUUCACUACCAUUUUCAGUUGUAGAGUAUAGCAGCCACGAUACGGUACUACCACUGGCUAUUUUAGCGAAUUCCGCAUCGCAAACCAAACCAAACCAACCCAACCCAACCCAACCAAGCCAACUAGGGGCAAAUGCAGAAUAACACCAACGUGCCAAUUUUGGCUAAGACACAGCUGCCGUUGGGCGAUUGGAGUAAGCAAUUCUACGAUGCUUUCAAUGCUUUCAUUCAACACCCCAAACGGGGUUGUGUCCAAAUAAGUAAACGAUAGACUAAACAAGCGGCCCCUCCUCGUCCCAGUUGGUUAGUUGUUUUCUGUGUCGGUUUAGUAUGGUGCAAAUGAAGCAAUACGACGGCGACGGCGGCG